GUCGUUGGUGCCAGUGGGAGGAACAGCGCUCCGUCGUUGGUGCCAGUGGAGGAACAGCGCCCCGUCAUUUGUGUCAGUGGGAGAAAACAGUGCCCCAUCUAUAGUGCCAGUGGGAGGAACAGCGCUCCGUCAUUGGUGCCAGUGGGAGGAACAGCGCUCCGUCAUUGGUGUCAGUGGGAGGAACAGCGCCCCGUGGUUUGUGUCAGUGGGAGGAACAGCGCCCCGUCGUUUGUGCCAGUGGGAGGAAUAGCGCCCCAUCGUUGGUGCCAGUGGGAGGAACAGAGCUCCAUCGUUGGUGCCAGUGGGAGGAACAGCGCCCCAUCGUUGGUGCCAGUGGGAGGAACAGCGCCCCAUCGUUGGUGCCAGUGGGAGGAACAGCGCUCCGUCGUUGGUGCCAGUGGGAGGAACAGCGCCCCGUCGUUGGUGCCAGUGGGAGGAACAGCGCCCCGUCGUUGGUGCCAGUGGGAGGAACAGCUCCCCAUUGUUGGUGCCAGUAGGAGGAACAGCGCCCCAUCGUAGGUGUCAGUGGGAGGAAUAGUGCCCAUCAUUGGUGUCAGUGGGAGGAAUAGCGCCCCAUCAUUGGUGUCAGUGGAAGGAAUAGUGCUUCAUAUCAGUGGAAGAAAAAGUGCCCCAAGGGCCGGAAAAAAAGCAAGCAAAGGGCCACAUCCAGCCUGCGGGCCAUAGUUUGGAGACCCCCUGCUCCAGGCUAUUGUUGAAUAUUGCAGGAAAAG